AUGCGGAUGCCGAUGUUGGAUGCCGGCGACCUCCUCAGGGAGCUUGAGUACGAGAAGAGAUUCGAGUCAAUCCACAGCUUCGCCCCAGAGCUUUCCCCCAAGACCAGGGAACUGGCUGAGUUGAAAGCAGUGCGGAACACCCAGGUGGGUGCCACCCAAACGGCGCGCAUCGCGCAGCUCUACAAGGAUCACCACCGGAGGCACUCCGUGCACAAGAAUGUCUCUGUGAAGGCGGAAGAUGUUGACGGAAGCAACAAGAGCAAAGCCCUGGAGUCCUCUCAGAAGCUCUUCGAGGACGCUCAGAAGCGUGCGGAGCGCUUGCAACAGAAGUGUGAAGCAGUGCUCCAGAAGGAGCUCGAGGCGUUUCAGAAGGAUUGCAUCCACAAGGCGGUGGCUUCACCUCCUGAGUUUGGGGAACGCCUUCACCAGGAGGCGAAGAAGCGCGGCGUGCGGCUGCAGCGGAAGCGGAAGGAGGUACUCUGGAGCCAACCGCCCGAUGACUACUUGGCACGUGGCGUUCUGGUGUGCGAGGAGGGUGAGUGGAAAGUGCACACAGAGGUCUUGGACAGCAACAACUCCGCAGUGCCCUUGGAGGAGUGGCAAAGCACGGCCAUCGCCUGGGCGUUGGCGAAGGAGUUCGCGAACACUUCGGUGAUCCCCGGGUGCGGAGGGGCAAGUGACCCCCGACGUCACGUCACCCGACGGGGCAAGAGUCGACCUGCGGUGCAUUGUCAGGCGGAUUCGAUUACCUCGGUGGCCGCGGACAUCCGUGAUGGGCACUUCAUCGACCGACUCUUCCAGUCGCUCUACGUGGUCUCCCCCCGCAGGUGGACGCUCCGCGGGAUCAAUGUAGGAGCUGGCAUUGAUUACUAUCCUGUUUGCCUAGGAGAAGAUACCUACUGCAAUCAAGAUGACCCACUGGAUCUCUGGCUUCGUUCAGAAGCCAUGCAGGCGCUCUUCGUGGAUGCAGACAGCUAUCGGCUACAGCAAGCCAUGAAGAAGGUCACUGCUCAGCGGUCCAACGUGGAGGACCUGGAGCUCGUGACCUUGGACCGAGCCCUGUCGCCUGUGGACGUGGAGGCCGGCCUUUUGGAUGAGCUUUUACUCGACAUCUACGAGGGCCAAGUGGAUAUCAUCAAGAUUGAUAUCGACUCCUAUGAUUGUGCCUUGCUCAGGGCCUUGCUCGAGAAGGUGAGGUCCUAUGUCUUGGUGUUGGAAUCCCAGCCCCUGAUUCCACCUCCCUACAAAUUUGCCAGGGCCUACAACCCCAAGGAUCCGUUGGAGCAAGGCCUCAUUGGUUGCUCCUUAUCCUACCAGCUACGCAUGCUGGAGCCAGAAUAUAUGCUCUUGAUCUACUCGGAGCAUGAUACGGUUUUCGUUCACAAAGAUCUGGCGGCAGAUUUGGAGACACUCCCUCCAGGGCGGCUGUUUCCCUGGACACGCUACCCCUUGCGCUUUCCCGUCGAUGAGCACGACUGCUUCCGUCGCAGCCGCUUCUUGCACGAUGUGGAUGCAGCCGAUCGGAGCUUGGGGCACAAGCAGACAGGCGAGCGGCGGUUGUCGCCGCCGGAGAUUCCCCUGGCCGCGCUGCGCGACUGGCGGAGCUCCACCCGGCCGCGCUCGAGCACCCUGGAGUACAUUUGGGGCAACAUCACUGCUACCAAGACCUCGGAGGAUGUGCUGCAGCAUGUGCGAUACCUCUUAGACCUUUAGCGUCGACCAGUCCAGGAACGAAGAGGAGAUGUUUUGACCAUCCGCGCACCGGUGAUCCAUGGUGAUCCUCCGUUUCACGCAUCGGCGUCAGAACGCCGCUUCGACCACCGCGUUCCCGGCACGUUCCGGUCGCCGAGGCGCGCUGAGGCGCCGUGCGUUCCACCCGUUCCAGCGGCCGGCCGCAGGUGAAUGGUGCCGGAGACGUCGAAGAAAGACGAUCGGGUGGAAUCCACUACUUGCAAUCCAUGGGAUUGGAA